AGAGGAUGUCAGGAGUUUGGCAACUUCGUGAAGUUAGUCUCAAAUAUGUAGAAUUCCUUCAAAUCUCGAAAUAUAACGCCUUUAACUGACCGUUUCGAAUCGACAUCAGAUCGUUUCCUAAACUUAUCAUAAACAAAAACUGUGUUGCUGUAUGUUUAAAUAUAGUUACUGUGUGGGCAACUUCACGUCUCUUGCAUACGCUCCUGCACUUCCUAACGUCAGGAGAGCCGUUUCUGGACCUCACCACCCAAAGACCCUUUCGUCAACUCCUUAAAAUACUCUGUAAAAACUGUAUUACGUUGAGUUGCAUCUGGUGUUAAGUUGAAGAUUAGGAUAAGUAUGACCGGAGGCAAGCACACAAUACGUUUAAGUGGAGGAUGUCCGUGGGGAUUCAGAUUGCAGGGUGGAGUCAAGACGGGGCAUCCUCUAACCGUAGCAAAGAUACGUAGGAAGAGCAAAGCACACAACAAUUUAUACGAAGGAGACGUGAUCGUCAGCAUCAAUGGCCAUCCUUGCGAUAAACUCACCCACGAUCAAGCCAUGAAUAUUGUCGACGCAGCAAAUAACGAACUAGUUUUGGAAGUUAAGAGAUUAGAAUCGAAUAAAGAAAACAUAGUUCCAUCCACAAUUACUCCAGAUAUAACGUUACCUACUACGAAGCAGACUAAGGUUACAGAACAAUCUCAAUAUCAACAAAUCAAAUCGACAAUAAUUCGAUCCGCUACGCCGCCCGUACUUACGAACGAAUUGAAACCCGAACUCGUAGACAUUCAAAGGAGGUCACCAUCUUCAGAAAGGGUCAUACCUAUAGCUGUUAAAGAUCGUCAACUCUUCACACCAUCACCGGUCGAGGGGAGCAUCAGCGAUAAAACUGUAACGAAAGAAGUAUCGUCGGAUGGGAAUAAAGUAGAGAAAACUACAACAGAAACUAUACAGGAAACAAAGGGAAGCUGCCAGACUACUAUCAUCCGCAAGGAGACAGAAUCUAUCACUAAAGAUACCUUCAUAGCUGGAAAGAAUGCACCCCAAAUACUUUCUCAAGUCGUUCCGCAAUCGUCUUCGUUCAAAAUUUCAAAAUUUGAGACAAAACAGGAUCCAGUAUGGAGACCUGUUGAGACGACUGAGAUCGGAGAUAAGAUAUCAUCCACUGACGGAUGGCAACCAAAACAGCAAAUGAAUUUUAGUUCGACAACAACCAAACAGAAAAUAGAAAGCAAAAUUAAGCCACCGAGACCGUUAAGUUGUCCAAUUUUGGACAAGAGAAAUUAUAAAGAAGUUAUUCAAGAGAAAAAAUUGACAGGAGCCGUCAACAGUGUCGAAACCGUUAAUAAAAUAACGGAAACAGACUCAAGUAAAAACAUCUGUCGACAACUAAGUGAAGAGAGUUUGACCCUACCACGAAAAAAAAAACAAUUUUCUUCGUCGAGUUUCUAUGAAGAUCCUCAAGUCUCUUAUCCAACUAUCCAGGAACAGGUGCAACUGUGUCGCCAGAUUGCGGAUUCUCUAUGCGAUGNAAUAAAAAAUGACAAAACACCAUUUUAA